UCUUAAAGUUGCCAAGUUUGGGAACCACUGGCAUAAAGCAAAAUUAGUUGCUACGGGCUACUGACUUCAUGUUCUUUGCAUAUGCUUUUUAAAGGCACUGAUUGGCUCUUGUGCUUUUGUGCUGAACUUUUAAUCACAUAUUUUGGGAAGUCCCUGCCCAAGAAUGAAAUAUUUUGGGGAAUAAUUUGAAAGAAGAAUAUUAUUUCCCAAAAGGGAGAAAUGGAGAAACAUGCUCAAGCAGCCUCAGUCUUAAUAGCCUAUAGCAGAUGCCCAUUAUGAAAUCGUGGGGCAGCCUAUUCACAAAAUACCUUCACUUCCAGGUGAUGGAAUUAAGGACAAGACAUGACCUUAACCCCAUUCAUUGGGAAAAGUGGAAACAGUACCUGUCCACUUAGAAAGGCAGGCAGGCAGGCUGCAAUAGAUAAUAGGAUAAAAUCAAUUACAGGAUUAGGACUAAGGAAGUCAUAAUUAAGACCCAUCCAGAGCCUUGGCAAAACAAAUAAAUCAAAUAAUGCAAUCAAAUAAUAAAAACAGACAAAUUGCAUGGUGUGGUUCUGUUGAUCAAUAAACAGUCUUUCUUUCCAAUCAGCCUCCAUGUUAUUGCCAGCGUCUUUCUCCCAGCUUGGAACUGAACCAGAUGGAUUUUUCUUCCAACAAUAUAUAAUGAGCAGCAAUUGUAUUUUGUUUUGCUGCAAUUAUCAGGUGUUAUUUGUAUCCACUGCAUCCCUUGUGUAAUUCAUAUAUGGGUAAGUUGUGGUCUGUUUUUGGCUAGGCCAGGUCUGAAAAACUUUAGAUACCAAGAGCUUUUAUAUCUCUUUGCUUUUGCUGUCCAUACAGGUUUUUGCAAUUCUAGUGUUAAACCUCUACUUUGGUUUCCCCCAAAAAAUUCUGCCACCCAAUGUUUUUGCAUCCUAUAUCUGAUUUGAUUCCUAAACAGUUCAUAGUCCUGCUACUUCAACAGGAGCUAUUAUACUGUAAUAAUAAUUAAAAGGGGAUGGGGGAACCCUCCUAUUUGAAAUGCUAAAACAUUUCUUAAAGCAUUAAAGAUUUUAAAGCAUUUUGUCUGAAGAUGCAGAGCUGGUAUUCCUCUCAAACGGCGUCGCUUCACGGGAUUGCUUCAAAUCGAGUCUUUUCAGCGGCGGCCUCGUGUCCCGCUAUAUGAAGACUCUGCCCGCUGGCAUACGGCCUCGUAUUGUAGUUGCUGGGGCAUUUAUAAAAGAAGCCAAUACUUACUUGGAAUCGCCUGUUUAACCUGCAAUAAAGCGGACACUAAUGUAACCUAUCGCGGAGCUCUUGAAGAGCUUUCCCGUGGUUUCCGAGACGUGCUCGUCAUUUCCGACAAAGGGGUGGUGCCUUGAAAGCUCCUCGCCAGAUUUUUGUUGCCCAGUUCUUGCCUUUCAGCCGCCGUUCCCGCGCGUUGUCUCGGACGCUGGUGCGGACGACGGACUUAACGGGAGGAACGCUCCCCUUCCUCUCUCCCGGCUUUUUGUCUUUUGGCCACUGGUGACGUGGAGCUCCGGGUGCUGCAGGUUUUGGUGUUUUGCGCGGCAGAGCACAGCCCUGCUGGGGCGGCGUUUGCGGGCGAGGCCUGGGCCGUUCAAGGAAAAGCCGACGCGAUGAAAGUUGACGCAGAAAGGCUCUGGAAGCACAUGGGAAAAAAUAAAGUAGACAAUAUAUUUGAGUGUAUGCACAAGGCACUGUUGUCUUUGCAGCAGAAGAUCAAAGAUGGAACUGCAACAAGUGAAGAAUGCAAUCAAGCUUUGGCACUUGUGAACCAGCUGGGUAUGACUGACCUCUUACCCCUGGCACAUGAAAAUAAGAAUAUGCGCAAUCUGGAUUUACCUCUGUCUGCUCCAGGGAAAAUUACAGAAGAUGCUGGAGAUGAUUUUUCUUUACUGGAAAUUGAUGAGGGAAUGGGUUUAAGAACUGAAGGAGAAUCUACAGAUACAUCUUCCAAGUUCUACCAGGAUCAUGUCUGUUCUAAGAAAUGUCUUUCCAAAAGACCAUGGGAUUCCUACAAAGAAGAAAACCCAUUGAAGUUGCCAAUGCUGUGUCACUUCCAGAGAUGGCAUGCCAAAGCUGAUUCUGGCUCAAAACCACACGAUGUGCUAUACAAAGCUCCUUGUGGAAAGAGCUUGAGAAAUUUUAAAGACGUGCAGAAUUACUUAUUUCAAACAGAAUGCAGCUUUUUAUUUUUAGAUCAUUUUUCUUUCAAUACCUACGUGCAGGUAUAUAGAAGCAGUUCUAGUCCCCGGGCAUUUGUCACUGAUCCAGAUAUCAGCCAAGGGGCAGAGACUGUACCAGUGUCAUUCUGUAAUGAUAUCAGUCAUGAUCGGCUGCCUUGCUUUAAAUACCGGAAGACCUCUUGGCCACAUGGAUACUUCUUGAAUAACUUCUCCAGCAGUUUUCUUGACUCCUGCAACUGUACCGAUGGCUGCAUUGACAAGACAAAAUGUACGUGCCUGCUUCUUACUAAAGGAGCCUUCUUGAAAACUUCUAUGUCUCAAAGAAAUGGACCAUCUCACGGUUAUACUUAUAAAAGGCUGGAGGAACCUAUUUCCAGUGGAGUGUAUGAAUGUAGCUUCCUCUGCAGCUGUGACAAGAACAUGUGCCAGAACAGAUUGGUACAGCAUGGCCUUCAAGUUCGCUUACAAGUCUUCAGCACUGAAAAGAAGGGCUGGGGAGUUCGCUGCCUUGAUGACAUUGACAAGGGAACAUUUGUUUGUAUCUAUGCAGGGAAAUUGAUGUCCAGAGAUGAACAUUACCAGGGUAAAAAUAGUGGUGAAAUUGAAGAAGUUACCAAGAAUACCAACCAGAGUUUAUUUUCAAGAAAGAGAAAACUGGAUACAGUCUGUUCUGAUUCAGAGAAUGAACCUACUCAGGACACUGGAAGAAAACAAUCUUUACAUCUGAAUGCUGAAGGUCAACCAAAUCACAGAAUUCAAAACUACACUUCAUGCAAGAAUUGGAAUGUACAUACCAUUGCAAGACCUAAAAGUAAAGCAUCCCUUCUUCAAAGACGCCGGCAAGAACUAGGAAUUACUGAUGCCAGCUCUGAUGAAGAUGAGAGUUCUUUAUGUCAGGUGUCAGGAACAAGAAGAAUAACUCCAGCAACCGAAAAAGGAGAUAAACAAUCAAGCCUGGAAGGAGAAUUUGAGACAUUGGUAAACACCCUAAGUUCUGAAGCUAAUUCUGAUUGCCAUAAAGAGAAUCUCCUUUCUGAUGCUGUAUUGAAAAGUAAACUACCUAUGGAAGAUGACAAAGAAGUGAAAAAACAACGUAAAGACCUACUUGAAUCAGACAGCACAAUAAAGGGAAAAACUCAGAGAAACAGACAGGAACUGUCUUGUAUGCAGGAGGCAGCAAAAAUUGAGACAUGCCCAAAGAAUGAAGAAAAUCCUUGUUUGCUGGAUGCCACAAGGGAAGGCAAUGUAGGCAGGUUUCUUAAUCACAGCUGCUCUCCUAAUCUCUUCGUACAAAGUGUAUUUGUAGAGACUCACAACAGAAAUUUCCCCUGGGUGGCGUUCUUCACAAAGAGACAUGUAAAAGCUGGAACUGAACUUACAUGGGAUUAUGGUUAUAAAGCUGGAAGUAUGCCUGAGACAGAGACUACCUGCCAGUGUGGGAGUCUGAAAUGUCGGAAAAAAAUCUUGGUGUUGCAAAUGGCAAAGAUGAUAAAAAGAAAGUGUGCGUUUUGUCCAGAUGAUGAACCGACUGCGAUUAUGUACAUUGCUGAAGAACGGAAUCUUGCAGUUCACCAGGAAUGUUUGUUAUUCUCUUCAGGAUUUGUGGAAUCGGAAGAACAGAACCCUGAGGAUCUUAAUAAAAGGUUUGAUGUGGCUUCAGUAGUGGAUGAAAUAAAGAGAGGAAGGAAGCUGAUGUGCAGUUGGUGUCACCAGAGGGGAGCAACCAUUGGCUGUGAGAUCAAAAGCUGCCGCAGAACCUACCAUUAUGUUUGUGCCGUGUGUGAUGAUGCUUCAACAGAAACAGAUGAAACGCGAGGCCUCUACCGCCUGUUCUGCCGAAAUCACAUUCCAGCCAAGAGAUCCAGUGUUUAUGAUGAAAACAAUGAGACGGCAAUGCCCCUGGUCCUAACAGAAUCUUCCUCCACUACUACCACGAUGAAUGGUGAGACAAUUGGGGAAGAGAACAUGGAAGUCAUCAGUGAAAAACAUGACCAAACCAAAGAAAGGAUAGAAUUUUUAAAGAAGUGUAAGCAGGCUGGGCUUCUGAAUGAAAUAUUUGAGGAAAUGUUGAAUAUUGUUCGCCUGGCACAGGAAAAGCUGAUGGACGACAAUACUUCAGAAGCAGAGUAUGAAAAAACAGUCAUAUCACUUUUUGAUUGUGGUCUCUUUGAAAAUAUUCUUAGAGCAGCUCAUUCAGGAACUGAGGAAAAAAUUCAGAAACUAAUGAAUAACCGGAAAGGAUUGGAUGCUCAGAUUGAAUUUUUAAGAGAUUUAAAAGAAACAAUAUUUCCUGCCUCAGAAGACACAGAUAAUACCUUAAGUAGUAUCUCUCAAUAACUUGCCAUCUUUAAAAUGUUCACUGAUUUUUUUCCAGGUUACUUUGGUAGAAGACAUUUUACACAUGGGUAACUGCUAUUUUUCCAUUUUUACAGUUGAAACCUUUUUGAUUUAGCCAAUGUUUUACCAUUAGUUUUAAAUUAGAAUGUAUAGUUCCAAGAUUAUAGCUUCAAAUACCUUCUAUUAGAUGAAAAUUGAUGGAAGAAAAUGAGUGAAUUCACCAUAUACAUUUUAUCUGCUGAUGGCAUUAUUAACAUAGUACUGUAAAUCACUCUGGUUUUGGUUUACGUUUAUCUUAGAGCUACCAGAUAUGGGUUACGAUACGACGAUCACUAGAGGAUAAAAAGACAAAUACCCAAUACUUACCUGCCACUUAAUGAUCAUUCAGGUUUUUGCAAUUCCGACUCGGUAUCUCUUAUCAUAUACACUUACUUAAUUUCCCAAAGAAACUGUCCUUCCUGCUUCAGGUUUUAUGAGAAAGAUUGUGCAUAUAUACUUAUACAUAUAUUUAGAUAGUGGUUCACUGUGCUAAUGAGGCCAAUUUAUAUAAAUCUCAAUUGGUUCACAUCAAGUAAAACAUUUCAGCAAACCUGCUACUUAAAAACUUUAUGUCUUAAAGAAUAUUCCAAAUUGCUUAAUUGCAAGUAAUAAUUUAGUAAAAAGUAUUUUCUAAUAAUGUAUAGUUAUUUAAAUUUAUACAUUUGUACUCCUACAUUUACAUACCCUUUGCAGAAUUUUUAAGAUUGGACCAUUUUGAAAAUAAACAUGAAUUAUGAGCCAAAACACUUUUUAAAAAUGUGUAUGUGAUUCAAAUUAAACCAU